AGCAGUAGUAGCCGAUGUGGAGGAGAGCGGCAUGUCGAAGCCACGCAUGGUGGGUGAGCAGCAUGCAGCACAAGUGUUGGUGGCUCGUGCACAUCGAGCCCACGUGCUCAUCGUCCGCGACGGGUCAGUGCGCGAUCCCAGACGCCUGUGGUUGCCAUCUCGCAUCCGCCACAGCGCGGGUACAUACACGUGCAUCGUGCAGCUUCCUCUUCACACGAUGCAUCGAGCCGCAGAGCAAGCGACGAUAAGGGAUUCAGAGAGCGCCCCUUCCAUGGCACGCGCGGCGGAGCCUCGGUAUUCUCCUGCGUCUUGCGGUGGCGGGGCGCCGACCUCCGCGCCUACGCCACAGACGUGGCGAAGUCGCGAUGAUUGCAGCAGAUCUGAGAAGGUGCCACCUGCUGUGCGUGCAACGGCUGAGAUGGCCCUCUGAGAUCCAACGUCGCUUGCUCAUGAGCGAACAUUGCAGCUGCGCUCUGCAUCCCGGCAUGCGGUGCUCUGAUGUGGCACGGAGUGUCGUUCGGGGAGCACGCUUGGCUGGGAGUGCUUCGAUAACGCUGACCUCGAACGUCCGCAGAGCUGCUCUCAGACGCAGGCACGCCCGUU